AUGCAAGUGAAAGAGGAGGAGGAUGUUACAGUAAAAGAAGAGGAGGAAGAGAAAGAGGAGGAUGCGGUUUUUGGAGUGAAAGAGGAGGAGGAGGAGGUGACUGUCACAUCCAAAAAGGAGGAGGAAGAAGACGAGGAAACUGGAUAUCUGGGCCCGGUUUCCCAAACGCAUUUUCAGGCGUCCAAUGGUUCUAACAAUGUACUUAGCCUUAAGAUGGUUUUGAGAAACCGGGCCCUGAUUAACACUAGAGAGAGAAGUGACUAUCUUGGAUCCUCUGGGGAGCCUCAACAACCUCAUGAUGCUGAUGAGGCAGAGAAGAGUCUCUCCAGAUCAAAACACCCCAAGAAACACCAGCAGAGACCCACAGGGAAGAGAACUCACUGCUGCUCUGACUGUGGGAAGAGUUUUGUUUCUUCAGGACAUUUAAAAGCACACCAGAGAAUACACACGGGAGAGAAACCUUAUAGCUGUGCUCAAUGUGGGAAGAGUUUUACGAUGUCUAGCAAGCUGACACGACACUAUAGAACACACACAGGAGAGAAACCAUAUAGCUGUGAUGAAUGUGGAAAGAGUUUUGUCACAUCUAGCAGUCUGAUUAUACACCGGAGAGCACACACAGGAGAGAAACCUUUUAUCUGUACUCAAUGUGGGAAGAGUUUUACUCAGACAACCAGCCUGAUAUCACAUCAGAGAACACACACAGGAGAGAAACCUUAUAGCUGUGCUCAAUGUGGGAAGAGUUUUACUCAUUCAACCGGCCUGAUAUCACACCAGAGAACACACACAGGAGAGAAACCUUAUAGCUAUACUCAGUGUGGGAAGAAGUUUUCUCAGUCAACCAGCCUGAUAUCACAUCAGAGAACACACACAGGAGAGAAACCUUAUAGCUGUGCUCAAUGUGGGAAGAGUUAUAUUACGUCAAGCAAGCGGACUGAACACCAGAGAACACACACAGGAGAGAAACCUUAUAGCUGUAAUGGAUAUGGAGCGUCUAUAGCCUCAGUUACACCUGGCACCUAA